GUUCCGGCGGCUUCUCCGCCUUGGAAGGCGGCGGCACUCGCCGCCGCGCUUGCCUCGUGGGUUUAUCGAAGCGGAGUUUUCUUACUCGUGUGCGUGUUGUUUAGAAUGAUGUGUGAGCUUCAGAUAUUGAGAUUUGAGGAGUUUCACAAGUUGUUUGAAUUGGGCGGCGUGGCGGCAGCCGAGGAGGACGAGGCGGCGGCGGUGAUGUUUAGAGAGCAUGUGAGGAUAAGGAAGUUGUUGAAAGCUACAAGUCAUAGGUAUAGAAUAUUUAUAAUCGGGUCUUUCGUGACCAUAACGGCUAGUCAGUUGGGAGCUUUGGUGAUGGUGUUGGCUGCCAAAGGUGACAAGAAUUCCUGCAAUUCAGGAGAUCUCGUGGUAAGCUCGGCGGUUCAACUUACCGGUUUUUUGAUGUGUUUAUUUGGAGCGGCGAGGAUAACCCACAGAGCACAGAGAGUGGUCUCCAUUGCAACCCAAUGGCAUAUGGUAAUGUCCUCCUCACCAGCCAACAAAUUAGACCUGAGCGUCAAUCUUGAUGAAUCCGACGGUGAGGAUUGCGAGGCUAAAGUUUCUUCUCUUCAACCUUCGCUUUGCCAAAUAUGUUCCACGUUCGAGUCACGACAAGCUUUAG